GCGGCGGCGGCGGCGGCGGCGGCGGCGGCAGCGGCGGCCGUCGGGCGCGGGGCGGCAGGAUGGUGAAGCUGACGGCGGAGCUGAUCGAGCAGGCGGCGCAGUACACCAACGCCGUGCGCGACCGCGAGCUGGACCUCCGGGGCUAUAAAAUUCCCGUCAUUGAGAAUCUGGGUGCUACCUUAGACCAGUUUGAUGCCAUUGAUUUUUCUGACAAUGAAAUCAGGAAGCUGGAUGGUUUUCCUCUCUUGAGAAGACUGAAGACAUUGUUAGUGAACAACAAUAGGAUAUGCCGCAUCGGCGAGGGCCUUGAUCAGGCACUGCCCUGUCUCACGGAACUCAUUCUCACCAACAACAGCCUCGUGGAACUGGGUGACCUGGACCCCUUGGCGACUCUGAAGUCACUGACCUACCUAAGCAUUCUGCGGAACCCCGUCACCAACAAGAAGCACUAUCGCCUCUAUGUCAUCUACAAGGUCCCACAGGUCCGCGUCCUCGACUUCCAGAAGGUGAAGCUCAAAGAGCGUCAGGAAGCAGAGAAAAUGUUCAAGGGCAAACGGGGUGCUCAGCUUGCAAAGGAUAUUGCCAGGAGGAGCAAAACGUUUAACCCGGGUGCUGGUCUGCCAACGGACAAGAAGAAAGGGGGUCCCUCUCCAGGGGACGUGGAAGCAAUUAAGAACGCCAUCGCCAACGCGUCAACCUUGGCUGAGGUGGAGCGGCUGAAGGGCUUGUUGCAGGCCGGACAGAUCCCUGGCAGGGAGCGCCGAGCAGGCCCUGCCGACGACGGUGAGGAGGAGAUGGAGGAAGACACGGCAGCAAAUGGAUCGUGAGGUGCCUCGGCUGUAGUGCUUCCAGGCGUGCCGAGCAGUCCGAGAGUCUUGCUAGAGGCUCGGACUGUUGGGCGUGGCAUGGUUUUGGAAGAGGAUUUUGAAACCUAAAUGUCAUUUCCGUCCUCUCCACGGGGUCAGAGGACACUGGGCGGUGACAUGUCCUGGGG